CAUCACCAGCAGCAGCAGAAACAGCCUGAACCCAUCUGCUCUGCAGGCUCAGAUGACCCCAGGCUACAUUCCUUCACUUUGAGCUAUGGCGAGCAUGCGGGGGGACUCGUUUUGAUGACUUCGAUGAAAAUGUGAAUAAACGGAGAGGCUUUUCCUUGAAGUUUGACAGAACAUAACAUUCUCCGCUAACGUGGAUAAAAAGUGCUGCUGGUUCACAGAAGGAGUGGCAGCUUCAUGACGCGUAAAGGCGCCCCUCCCCCUGUCAACCAUCGAGGAGGAAAAACUUUCUCUCCUCUCACUUUUAACUUUCCUUAUGUUGCCGCUGCCACAGUAAGGGGAUCAAAAGAAGCAGAGAAGUCUGGACAUGAAAACCUUCAGCGAGUAGAGGAAAAGAAAUAAUAAUAAUAAAAAAGACUCCUUAGCUUAUUAUACGUGAUUUAUCUCCAGAGCGCGCGGCAUCAUGAAGCCGCUGCUGCGCUUCAGCUUCUCUCCAUGGACUAUCUUGGUCUUUUGCGCUCUCCUCCAGAACAUUCACUCACAGAAUGAAGGAACCACCACCACAAUAGCCUCAACUACCACCACAGCAGCGGCAACUUCAACCACAACAACUGAAACUACAACCACAGCAACUACAACCACAACAACUGCAACUACAACUAGUACAGCUCAACCAACUACGAAUAGGGGACCUGAAGAAGUGUUGAAUCUCACAGUGUCAGAGAUCACAAUAUCCUCUGUGAAAGUGAGCUGGAGCCCAACAGCGGAUUCCCACUACAGAUUAUACUGGACCGAUGGAAAUGAUGUCAGAAAUAAGACUGUGAAUAAAACCAUAGAAAUCAUCACAGCUCUAAAUUCUGGGACCCUGUAUACCAUAAAUGUAACUGCAGUUGCGUCUCAUGAUCAUACAGAAGGAAAGCAUGCCACUAAGGAAAUCUAUACAAAACCUGAAGCAGUCGUCGGUCUUAAUGUCACUGGUGUGACAACCACCUCUGUGUCUCUGAACUGGAAUAUACAACCAGCGGGUGAAUCGCUGGUUUUUAGAGUAAAGUGGAAAACUGAAACCUUGAAUAGAACUGAGACACAUGUGACCAUUAAUGAGCUGAAUCCUGGGGAGCAUUACUGUUUUAAUGUCACAGCAGUAGCUGGAGGAAUAAUGGAAAGUGAUCAGAGCAUGGUGUGUCAGUUUACAAAACCAGAGAUUGUCCGCAAUCUUUCUGUGACUGAAGUCACAACUGACUCAAUAUCUCUGAAAUGGACUAAACCUUUGGGAAGCAGCUCCUUCUAUAAAGUAGAGUUGAUUGAUGGGAAUAAGACGCUGAAAUCAGCUGAAACAGAACUUACUAUUACUAACCUGACUGCUGGUACAAAAUAUGACAUAAAUGUCACUGCUGUAGCUGCUGAUAAUACUGAAGGAGCCAGUGUCUUUGUAUCUUCCUACACAAAACCAGAGAUGGUCCGCAAUCUUUCUGUGACUGAAGUCGCUACUGACUCUAUAUCUCUGAAAUGGACUAAACCUUUGGGAAGCAGCUCGUACUAUAAAGUAGAGUGGAUUGAUGGGAAUAAUACGCUAAAUUCAACUGAAACAGAACUUACUAUCACUAACCUGACUGCUGGUGUGAAGUAUGACAUAAAUGUCACUGCUGUAGCUGCUGAUAAUACUGAAGGAGCCAGUGCCUUUGUAUCUUCCUACACAAAACCAGAGAUUGUCCGCAAUCUUUCUGUGACUGAAGUCACUACUGACUCUAUAUCUCUGAAAUGGACUAAACCUUUGGGAAGCAGCUCCUUCUAUAAAGUAGAGUGGAUUGAUGGGAAUAAGACGCUGAAAUCAGCUGAAACAGAACUUACUAUUACUAACCUGACUGCUGGUGUGAAGUAUGACAUAAAUGUCACUGCUGUAGCUGCUGAUAAUACUGAAGGAGCCAGUGCCUUUGUAUCUUCCUACACAAAACCAGAGAUGGUCCGCAAUCUUUCUGUGACUGAAGUCACUAUUGACUCAAUAUCUCUAAAAUGGACUAAACCUUUGGGAAGCAGCUCCUUCUAUAAAGUAGAGUGGAUUGAUGGGAAUAAUACGCUGAAAUCAACUGAAACAGAACUUACUAUUACUAACCUGACUGCUGGUGUGAAGUAUGACAUAAAUGUCAGUGCUGUAGCUGCUGACAAUCGUUCUGAAGGAGCCAGUGCCUUUGUAUCUUCCUACACAAAACCAGAGAUGGUCUGCAAUCUUUCUGUGACUGAAGUCACUACUGACUCUAUAUCUCUGAGCUGGACUGAACCUUUGGGAAGCAGCUCCUUCUAUAAAGUAGAGUGGAUUGAUGGGAAUAAGACGUUGAAUUCAGCUGAAACAGAACUUACUAUUACUAACCUGACUGCUGGUGUGAAGUAUGACAUAAAUGUCACUGCUGUAGCUGCUGAUAAUCUUACUCAAGGAUCCAUUGCCUCUGUAUCCCGCUACACAAAACCAGAGAUUGUCCGCAAUCUUAAUGUGACUGAAGUCACAACUGACUCUAUAUCUCUGAUCUGGACUAAACCUUUGGGAAACAGCUCCUACUAUAAAGUAAAGUGGAUUGAUGGGAUUAAGAUGCUGAAUUCAUCAGAAACAGAAGUUAAUAUUACUAACCUGACUCCUGGUGUGAAGUAUGACGUAAAUGUCACUGCUGUAGCGGCUGAUAAUAGCACUGAAGGAGCCAGUGCUUCUGUAUUUUCCUACAUCAAACCAGAGAUGGUCCGCAAUCUUACUGUGACUGAAGUCACUACUGACUCUAUAUCUCUAAAAUGGACUAAACCUUUGGGAAGCAGCUCCUUUUAUAAAGUAGAGUGGAUUAAUGGGAAUAAGACGCUGAAUUCAACUGAAACUGAACUUACUAUCACUAACCUGACUGCUGGUACAAAGUAUGAAAUAAAUGUCACUGCUGUAGCUGCUGAUUAUCAUACUGAAGGAGCCAGUGUCUUUGUAUUUUCCUACACAAAACCAGAGAUGGUCCGCAAUCUUACUGUGACUGAAGUCACUACUGACUCUAUAUCUCUGAGCUGGACUGAACCUUUGGGAAGCAGCUCCUUCUAUAAAGUAGAGUGGAUUGAUGGGAAUAAGACGUUGAAUUCAGCUGAAACAGAACUUACUAUUACUAACCUGACUGCUGGUACAAAGUAUGACAUUUAUGUCACUGCUGUAGCUGCUGAUUAUCUUACUCAAGGAUCCAUUGCCUCUGUAUCCCGCUACACAAAACCAGAGAUUGUCCGCAAUCUUAAUGUGACUGAAGUCACAACUGACUCUAUAUCUCUGAUCUGGACUAAACCUUUGGGAAACAGCUCCUACUAUAAAGUAAAGUGGAUUGAUGGGAUUAAGAUGCUGAAUUCAUCAGAAACAGAAGUUAAUAUUACUAACCUGACUCCUGGUGUGAAGUAUGACGUAAAUGUCACUGCUGUAGCUGCUGAUAAUCAAACUGAAGGAGCCAGUGCUUCUGUAUUUUCCUACAUCAAACCAGAGAUGGUCCGCAAUCUUACUGUGACUGAAGUCACUACUGACUCUAUAUCUCUAAAAUGGACUAAACCUUUGGGAAGCAGCUCCUUUUAUAAAGUAGAGUGGAUUAAUGGGAAUAAGACGCUGAAUUCAACUGAAACUGAACUUACUAUCACUAACCUGACUGCUGGUACAAAGUAUGAAAUAAAUGUCACUGCUGUAGCUGCUGAUUAUCAUACUGAAGGAGCCAGUGUCUUUGUAUUUUCCUACACAAAACCAGAGAUGGUCCGCAAUCUUACUGUGACUGAAGUCACUACUGACUCUAUAUCUCUGAGCUGGACUGAACCUUUGGGAAGCAGCUCCUUCUAUAAAGUAGAGUGGAUUGAUGGGAAUAAGACGUUGAAUUCAGCUGAAACAGAACUUACUAUUACUAACCUGACUGCUGGUGUGAAGUAUGACAUAAAUGUCACUGCUGUAGCUGCUGAUAAGCUUACUCAAGGAUCCAUUGCCUCUGUAUCCCGCUACACAAAACCAGAGAUUGUCCGCAAUCUUAAUGUGACUGAAGUCACAACUGACUCUAUAUCUCUGAUCUGGACUAAACCUUUGGGAAACAGCUCCUACUAUAAAGUAAAGUGGAUUGAUGGGAUUAAGAUGCUGAAUUCAUCAGAAACAGAAGUUAAUAUUACUAACCUGACUCCUGGUGUGAAGUAUGACGUAAAUGUCACUGCUGUAGCUGCUGAUAAUCAAACUGAAGGAGCCAGUGCUUCUGUAUCCCGGUACACAAGGCCUGUAAAACCUGAGAACCUGACGACUGGACCAAUACAUGUUAACUACAUAACCAUCCGCUGGACAUUGCCUAAAGGAAGAGUUGACAAAUAUAUAGUGAACAUCUCAAAUGGAGACACAGGCUAUAAAAAGUCCAAGGAAACAAAUACCACAGUAGAAACUUUCUCUGAUUUAGACCCUGGAAGAGUCUUUAUUAUCACAGUCACUUCUGUAGCUGGAGACUUCAACAAUACCUCUGACCAGUUGCCAGUUGCCACAUAUCCUACACCCCCUCAGAAUGCAAAUAUCAGCAAAACAAACUCUUCUUUGAUGUUGAAGUGGUUGCCUCCAAAAAAUAUGGAUAAUGCUCCUGGCAUUAGCUAUUUAAUCACCUACCAGGCUUCAGAAGUUGAUAAGAAUGAAAUCAAUCAGAGCUCCACAGAGAAGAAUAUUGAUGGUCUUCAGUCUGGAACCUUAUACAUCAUAAACUUAACAACCAUUGGACCAGAAGAGCGAAAAAGCAUACCUGUCAUUCUUUCUGCUUAUACUUUGCCUAACCCAGUGCAGAAUGCAAUGGCCAGACCCAUUAAUACAACCUCCAUAAGGGUGACCUGGUCCCACCCAGACGGCUUAAAGGAUUACUAUCUUUACUCAGUAGAGACCUGUGAAAGCUCGGGAAAUUGCACUGAUAUAGGGAAUACCACAAACACCAGUUAUGAUGUUUUUGGUCUGGAGCCAGGUUCCAAUUACAACAUCAGCAUCAGAACAAUUGUUGACUCAGAUUCUGAAUCUUCUCCAGUGGAGGUGUCCAGUUACACAAUGCCAAAAGCUGUGACCAACCUGAAUGCAAGCUUUGUGAACACCACGUUCAUCCAGCUGACAUGGACCAGGCAAACAGAUCACAAGGCUUCCUACUCCUAUCUGGUUGAAGCAUUUCAUGACAGCGGACUAGUUUCCAAUUACUCGACACCUAAUGAGACCUUCCCCUUCGACAAUCUGACCCCUGGAACCAACUACACAUUUAAAGUAUACACAGUUCAGGAAGAGGUCAAAUCCACACCAGCAAGCAUUUUAGAUACUACAAUUCCCGGGAUGGUCACAGACAUGUCAGCCAUAGGAACCACCAACAGCAUGUCAGUGAACUGGAUAAAACCACAUGGAGGAGUUUCAUCCUACAUUAUAGAACUUUACAAUGAAAAAGCCUUAGUGGACAAGGCAGAGAAGAAUGAGACUCAUCACCUUUUUCCUAAUUUAAAACCAGGAGUGAUUUACGAUGUUAAGGUGAUAACAAAAAGUGGAUCUAAGGAGAGUAAAGAAGCAAUAGUUUCCAAUGCAACUUUUCCUACCCCCCCUGGCACCAUCAUGGUGGACUCCAAGGGCAUCAACUUCAUCAACCUGACCUGGUCGCUUCCAGCUGACAUGGACCAUGCUCAGUACAACUUCACUGUGACCUCUCUCAGUGGAUCCCACUCAACUUCAAACAACUGGUUUGAACUGGAAAACCUUGCAUCAGGAACCAUUUACGAAGUGUCUGUGGUUACUGUUGGUGUAAUGGGUUAUGAGAGUACUGCACAGACGACACAAAACUAUACAAAGCCACAUGCAGUGACAGAUCUGAAGGCAGCAGAGAUCACCACUAGUUUAGUGACACUGAUGUGGAAUCAGUCUGAGAGCGAAACAAACUAUUCUUAUGAAGUGCAGGCUGAUAGUGUUGUCCUUCUUUCAAAAAUGGUGAACAUUACAUUGAAAAAGAAUUACACAUUUGGAAAUCUUGAGUCUGCGUGGAACUACAGCUUUACUGUGACAACACUCACACCAGAUGACACCCGGGCAGAGUCUGUGACAAUUUCCAAAUAUACAAGACCUUUAAGUAUCACAAAUUUAACGGCUAAAACCAUAAACACAACUGCUAUUCAACUACGUUGGGAAACACCGUAUGAGAACAGAAAUGAUCUAGAAUAUUUGGUGGAGACGACAGGCUGUGGAGACCAAAAUAUUACAUCAAAAGAAAUAAGCUUAGAAGUCACAGCGCUCGCCCAUGGAACCCGUUGCAAUUUUAGUGUUUCUAUCGUGGCACCUGAUGGCAUUAAAGGGGAAAGAAAUUGCAUUUCUCAGUACACCAAACCUUUAAAUAUCACCAAUUUUAAAGCUUUAACCUUAAACACAACUGCUGUUCACCUUACCUGGGAAACACCAUAUGAGAACAGGCCCGACCUAGAAUAUUUGGUGCAGACGACGGGCUGUGGAAACCAAACCAUUCAAUCACCAGUUGUAAACAAAACCUUCUCAAACCUCACCCCUGGAACCGAAUGCACUUUCUGUGUUACUAUCAUGACACCGACUGACAUUAGAGGAGACGAAAUCUGCACCUCUCAGUACACCAAACCUGAGAAAGCACAUCUCACCAUCCUCAAUGAGGGAUCCAACAAUUCCCUCCUGGUAGUAUGGACCAAACCCACAGGAAAUGUGGAGCAUUACGAGCUUAUCCUAAACAGCUCUUCUACAGUGUAUCCUACAAAAUGGCUCAACUCUACCAACACAUCCUUCCUGUAUACCAACCUGUCAGCCGCAGUGCUUUACAAGGCGGAAUUGUUAUCAUGCAGUGGACAAGUCUGUCAACCUUCUCAAACGGUUACAAAUGCAACUUACCCAACUCCUCCGGGGCCAAUUGAAAUCCUGAGGACAACAACUAACUCUGUUGAAAUGCGUUGGGGAGAAGCACCUAUGAUGAGUCUGGAAUCCAACUACAGUUACAAGCUGACCUACAACUCCUCUCAGCCAGAUAUAAUAGUGUCUUCUGCCAAGACGAAUUACACUUUAUCCCAGCUGCUGUCUGGGACCUCCUACAACAUUUCUGUGAAAACUGUCGGACCGCUGGGUUUUGAGAGUGAAUCUGUUUACAGAAACAUGGUUACCACAAAACCCUACAAUGUGAUAUCUCUCAGCACCAUCACUGAAGAGAAGAGUAUUAAUGUAAGCUGGAAAAAACCUGACGAGUAUAAGGACACCUAUUUCUUUUUUCUGACCUGGCAAAGCUCUGAUGGGAAUGUUAAAAAUAUCACCAUCACUGAUGAUAAAUAUAAAAUCACUGAACUCACGCCUGGUACUGAAUACAAAAUUACCGUCACCACCAAGACCUCCGAUGGAGCACUGUCUGCCACAGAAGAAAUUUCCAACUGCACAAAUGCAAGCCCUGUGAAGGAUUUAACAUGUGAAAGAGCAACACCUGGAAAAGCAGAAAUCACUCUGAACUGGACCAAGCCUGAUGGAAUGAGCUCUGGCUUCCAGUUAACCAUAUCCAACAGUUCUCAAAACCCCCACUCGAGUGACAACUGCUGCUCUCACGUCUUUGCAAAUCUUGCUCACUACUCUAACUAUACCUUAACUGUGGAGAGUCAGAGCUGUGGAAAACCCAGCACUCCUAAGUCUAUUGAAUGUUCCACAGGCGUUGGAAAGCCACCCAUUCAAAAGGACUUUUUGACACAUGUAACCUUAAGUAAAACUCACAAAACAUUCACGCUUCGCAUCAGCUCCCAACAUAUGGACAACACUAUGGGACCAGUGACACAUGUUGGGGUUAUUGUUACAAGUGAUGAUAAGGACAUCCAAUCUAAUCUUGAAAAUUACUUGGGGAAGACGUACGAACAGUGGAGAUCCGAGUCGACCCAAGCAUACCUGGCUACAGUAGCAAAUUACAACCUACAGACACGCAGCAGUAGUGACCUGGAACUCCUAGUAGGAACCGACUCGAAGUGGGAGAACUAUCAUAAUGGUUUACUGGAUCCAAGCGGAACUUACAGAUAUGCUGUUGUGAUUUUCACCCAUCUGGUCACGGAUUCAGGACUUAUUGAUAGUACCAAAUCAGUGGUUUCUUUUACACAAUUUUCUGAGGUCGUUGCUCUUAACAAAGACCCAGUCACCACUGGAAUCGCUAUUGGAGUAACAUUGGGAAUCUUUGGAUUUCUCUUUAUCAUCCUCAUUGGUUUUGUCAUCUAUUGGAGAAGGUUGUCUCGUAAGGAGUCUCCUGACAUCCAGAUUCUAACAAUGGGGGGUAAAGUAAGUGUUGCUGUGAGGGUGGAGGACUUUGAAGCCUACUAUAAGAAGCAGAGAGCGGACUCCAGCUGUGGCUUUGCUGAAGAAUUUGAGGACCUAAGGCCUGUUGGUACUAGUCAGGCUAAGGUGCAUGCCCUGGAUCCGGAGAACAAGCCUAAAAAUCGCUACAACAACGUGCUUCCUUAUGACUCCUCAAGGGUGAAACUCUCUGUUGUCCAUGGAAGUCCAAAUGAAGAUUACAUCAAUGCUAACUAUAUGCCGGGUUAUCUCUCCCGGAAGGAAUACAUCGCAGCUCAGGGACCUUUACCCGCAACAGUCAACGAGUUUUGGAGGAUGAUCUGGGAGAAGAACGUGCAGACUCUGGUCAUGCUUACACGCUGUAAUGAACAAGGAAGGGUUAAAUGUGAGCAGUACUGGAGUCCUGGGACCAAAUACUGUGAAGACAUCAUUGUGACAACAACAUCUGAAAUUCCACUUGAAGACUGGACCAUCAGGGACUUUGACAUAAAAAAUGUGAAAACAGCAGAAGUCCGCUCGGUCCGUCACUUCCAUUUCACCGCUUGGCCGGAUCACGGUGUUCCAGAAACCACAGAGCUUCUGAUCAGCUUCAGACAUUUGGUCCGAGAGCAUAUGAACCAGUACUCCAGAAAUUCCCCCACAGUGGUUCACUGCAGCGCCGGUGUUGGACGCACAGGCACCUUCAUAGCCAUCGAUCGUUUGAUUUUCCAGAUUGAAAGGGAAAAUAUUGUAGAUGUGUACGGCAUUGUUCACGAUCUGCGAAUGCACCGACCCCUCAUGGUGCAGACAGAGGAACAGUAUGUUUUCUUAAACCAGUGUGCCUUGGACAUCAUCCGUGCAAGAACAGGGAACAACGUGGAUCUGAUCUACCAGAACACAGCUGCCAUCUCAAUUUAUGAGAACGUCGAACCAAAAUCAGGAUAUUAGACUGCUCUUUUUGAGUUUGAUUUUAAAAAAUGAGCAUUAGGUUUAAAGGGAACACUUCUAAUUAAAUGUGGUGUGUUGAUUGCAGUCACGCCAUUAUUGGAACCACCACCCUUCAAUUUUUUCAAACCCUUCAUUGUCAUCUUUACUUUUCAAUAAUAGAGGAAACCACAACAUCGAUACAUGCCUCUGCCUUAAAUUUGCUCAUACCUGCAUAUUAUUUUACUGCACAAUUGAAAUGACUUCCUGCUGUAUAUGACUCAAUGAUUUUAAUUUUGCUCAGGUAGUGUUUUUAUAUACUUUUCUGGUGUUUUUAGAUAAACUUUCGACUUGUAUAAAAACAGUUAUGUGCCUUGAAGCAGCCUAUAUGCUUUAUUUAACAGUAGGGGGCACUCUUGUCUUACUUUUGUAACAGAUAAACAGGGAUUACAUGAAAUUGUAAAGGAAUUUUAAAUUAUUCUCUUCUUGCUUGACUAACUGUAAGCCAAUAUGAACUGUGCAAUGUGCUUUAAUGAAGGAGCUUAUUUGUUAUUAUUUCUAUUUUUUAUGCACUGCUAUUUGACGAAUGCACUGGAUGCAUUAAUGCAUUUGUCCCACACUGUCCAUCUUUAUCAUAGGUGGUUUUUCUUCAAGUAGUUUAUGAUACAUUCUGGCCAGUUUUUUUCUUGUAAUGGAAUGUCUUGCUUUUAAUUUAUCAUUUCAUCUCAGGAAACUUUACCAAGAAGAGCUUUUUACUGGCUGUUAUUGUGUUAAAAAUCUAGAAUGCACCAUUUUGUAUUAAUUUAGAUAUUAUUUCAGUUAUCUUGUUUUUUUUGUUUAUUUUGAUGCUGUACAUUCCUUAGACAAUGUUUAAAAUUAUGUCACUUCCUGUGACAGCUUUUAUACAAUGAUUAUUCACUUCCUGUGUUGUUAUAGUCACCAGAGAAGCACAACCUUCUUUUUUUUAUCUUCUAAAGGGCAAAACUUUCCAUGAGCCAGGUACGUUUGAUUGAGAAACUUUUGCUUUUGCCUUUGUGUGUGUAUGUGUACAGUUGGAAUACAAGCACUUAUGUUUUAAUGAGAUACAGGAAUAUAAAGUAGUAAAUGUUUUAGGAUGUUAUUAAAAAUGCUGUAUGAGAUGCUUGCUGGUUCAAUGCAAUUAUGUAAAAUAAUCUAGUUUAUAAUAUGAAAUGGGAUUAAAGAUAUUAAUGUCACUCUUCAGGAAUAUUUGCCCACUUCAGUGCUAAUAAAGCUUAACUGUCUUGCUAAAA